UCGUGGCGUUUUCAUCGUAGCUUGGGUACAUCGAUUGUAAACCGUACAAUAGAAGACUAUUUCGGGAAAAUGACAACCAAUGUACCUGAACCGGCGAAGCGAUUUAAGGAAGACGAAAUAAGUGCUGUUGUGAAGAUUGGGACACACGACGGUAUAUUUCAUUGUGAUGAAGUUUUGGCGUGCUUCAUGCUACAACAACUACCUCGUUACGCGUCGGCUGAAAUCAUACGGACCCGGGAUAGCAAAAAGCUGGACACAUGCGAUGUUGUCGUUGACGUAGGUUCCACUUUCGAUCGUGAUCGACAUCGCUACGAUCAUCAUCAAGGAACAUUCAAUGAAACUAUGCGGUCACUCCGACCCGAGUUAAACAUCAAACGGGACGUUCGACUAAGCUCAGCGGGGUUAGUGUAUGCCUUUUUCGGCGAAGAAGUAAUUCAGCAUGUUUUAAAGAAGCAGCUAAACAUAGAACCUGACAAUGAAUGUUUGCUGGCAGUGUAUAAAAAAAUUUAUGAUAAAUUGAUAUGUGAAAUAGAUGGUAUAGAUAAUGGUGUUCCCAUGUUCGAGCAAGGAGAACCGAGGUACAACAUAUCCACCCAUCUUAGUGCUCGAGUCGGUGCUUUUAAUGCAGAUUGGACGGACACAGCGCCUGCACCGGACAGUCUGGAACGUUUUGAAAAAGCAAAAGCUUAUGUCGGACAGGAAUUCAUCAAUACAGUAAUAUAUUACGCGAAAAGUUGGUGGCCAGCACGGGAUGUAGUUGCAAAAGCGUUAGCUAACCGGUUUGCUCUGCACGAAUCGGGAGAAAUCCUCGAGCUAGAAUUGUUUUGUCCUUGGAAGGAGCAUCUUUACCAACUUGAAGAGGAACAGGGCGUUGUUGGAAAAGCAAAAUACGUUAUAUACUGCACUAGGGAGGAUGAGUGGCGAAUAAUAUGCGUACCGGUACAACCGGCAAGCUUUGUUUGUCGCAAAUUCUUGGCCAAACCCUGGCGAGGUAUACGAGAUGAAGAUCUUAGCAUGGUUUGUGGUAUUGCUGGCGCGAAGUUCGUCCACCAAAGUGGAUUUAUAGGAGGCAACAAAACGCAUGACGGUGCUGUACAAAUGGCUAUAGAAAGUUUAGCUUCCUCGGAGGACUGAAAACGCUUCAUUUAUUGUACAUUUAUUCGAAAAUAAAAUGUCCACGCUGAACUUAGAAUUAUAGUCUAUCAUUGUAUCUGAAGAAAACGUGCACUAAUUGUUUGCUAAUUUAGCAUCUAUUCAUCAUCGUCGUUUUCAUC